GAGCUUGAGCGACAACUCACAGACUCGAAACGAGCAUACGAUGCACAUGUCCGGCAGAGAGACCUGGAUCAUCAGCGCGAAAUUAGGGGGUUAAAGGGUCAUAUCUGUGACUUUGAAGCUGCUAGAUCUGCAGAAAAGACCAUUGCAAAUAGAAAGAAAGUCUCCGACACCGCAAUACUCGAAAUCUGGCAACAGAUGGCGUACAAUAUCCGCGCUGUUGCCACAACCCUUCUCACUUACUGCCAGGCGAAAGAGGAGUUGGAGAAGGGCUUUCAGACCUGCCAAACUACGGCUGUAGGGAUGACCCCCUUUGAAUAUGAUUUGCUUGCAAACGAAGAUAUGAGAUCUGCUAUCGUUUUGAUCAGUGAGUUCUUCUCUUCGAAUGGCCUCGUUUACCAGCUUACUUAUCUCUUCGGAAUAGCCGCAGUUUCUCUCGACACUGCCCCGGAGUUCUUAAAAUGGAGAUCUGAGGGCGCUGCUAUGGUAGAGGAUCUUUUCGGGCCACAGUAACAGAGGCUACGACAUCUGUCAGAUACAGAGCAAAGGGGCUUCUCGGUCUUAAUACCCCCGGACAAAAAGGGCGAUCGGUUAGUGAGACACAGCUUCUACAGAGACUUACUUGCGAUCAUGAAGGACGCAGUUAAGCUUCAGUCGAUCUUCAUUAAGUCGAGAGCGUUUUUCCAUAUUUAUUAGUUGGACGUAGCCAAUCCUCCUGAUGGGAAAGCGACAUUGAUAUACAACCCGGACAUGAUGGAGGCUGAUGCUUGAGAGAAAACACUGGGAAUGGGGAAUGGCGUGAUUCUCAACACAUCGCCAGGUCUUACCAAAGCCGGUACUGCCAAUGGAGAUAGUUACGACUGUGUGAUGGUGUUGGUGAAACCUAGGGUAGUAUGC